CCUCCCCUAUCGUUACGGGCAUGCUCAGCAGAAGGGCUGUGCAGUGCUCUCAGCGACUGAAGCUGGGCGCAGGGGAAAUGCAACCGCCGCGCCAAACAUCUUCCAGAGAUGGCCUCUGCUGAGCAGUUGUGCUCCGGUUUCUACCACCAGCACUGCGCAUAAGGAACAACAUAAACACCUUCGCCCUCCUGCUGCCAAGACAGACACACACCACCAUGUACAGCGUGGACGACCUCCUCAUUUCUCACGGAUACAAACUGCCCAAGACAAGCGUCCCCUGCCCCUCUUCAACUUCCUCCGCCACCGCGCCUUACGAGAAGCAGCGCCACGCCGCCGCCGAUUGCCACCGCGAAAUCCCAGCAGCAGAGAACCAGAGAUCUGGUCGUGGUGGAUCACUGAACGGGAAUGAACAGGCGGGAGACAGGGGGGCCUGCGUCUUCAGCAGCAGCAGGCAGGCACUACUGGCGAAGGGCUACCCCGGCAGCUGUGACAAUGAGAGCGGCGGGGAAAGGAACCAAAGGAGAAAAGAAGCUGUCAGCGGUAACCUAGGUGACAGCCUAGCACAGCCCCUGGGCGAUUCUCUCGCCACGGAUAGCGGGUUCUAUGACGCGCCCAGCGUAACCUAUUUUGAGCAGAUCGAGAGAAGAGAGCAGUUGGAUGAGAGGGAUGUCUCCUACUGGAGGAGGAGAGGCCAGGACUUCAGCGUCCUCCUGGAUUACGCAGACGGCCGGGAGCUGAGAGCAUCCGCUGGCUUUCUGAAGGCCUCUGAGGCGGCAUGGCGACCACAGGCCCUGAUCGCAGAGGACCCUAGGGGAGAGAGGGAGAAGCUGCAGAAGCAGCAGAAGCAGCUAUGGGAAGACACCUCCAUCUCCUGGCUGAGAGAGGCCGAUGCGGCUCCUAGACAGUUGAGGGUAGUGACUGGGGUGACUGGGGAGCGGAAGUGCCAGAGCCUGGGCACAGAGGAGUGGAAGCCUGCGGUGGGGCUGGGGAGGCAGCUGUCGGAUGGGGAAGGCGAGAGGUGGGCUCAGGAGCAGCAGCACCGCCUGAGGACUCCAGAGAGCACAGGUUCUAUCCUCCCCAGAACCAGAGGGAUGUCCCAGUCCCUCCCCAGAGUGCUGUCACCUGAUGGAGCUACUGAACACACAAACACACAGUCCAGUUUGGUCAGUGUCCAGCUUCGACCAGGCCAGGUUGAUAGACAGAGAGUGAACAGCACCGUAUUUUCCGGGCCUUAUAGUCGGUAUUACCACAGUGCCGCAGUCAGCAGGGACCGGUGGGCCAGGAACAGUUGGCAAAGCGUCGGACAUGUUGCACUUUUACCAAAGCCCAGGUUCAGCAGGCCUGUCAAGCCUCCAUCAUACGAAAUACACCAGCAGACUAGGGGUAGCCAAGAGAUGCUCGCUGUAGCUGUAGUAGAUCAGCAGGGAGGGUCCAAACAACCGAAAGACACCAGGCCUGUCUAUUACCCACGGGGUGGAGAAUUGCAAAGACAAGACUAUUUCGCACAACACUCUGCUAUCUUUGGCAUGGAGCCCCCCGGUUAUAUCCCGCCCCCGUCUUAUAAGAGAGCCCUGCCCCCAAUUAGGGGAGGACCAAUCAACCGCAACGAAGUGGCAAACUAUAAGUGGAGGGGGGAGAUGAAGAUACAGAUGCACAUGCCUAUGAGCUCAGAGGUGGGAAAGUGGUUUUCCGGACAGACAGGAGGGUCGUGGCUGGAACACUACGGGGAUCGAGGUAUACCCUACAGGAAACAGGUUAACGCUAACCCAAACCUUAACCCUGGAUACACCGAGGAGCAUCUGGGUCAUGUUCACUAUUUACCCUUUGAUGAUCCGCGAGUGAGACAUGUCUCAGGAGGGCCUGGCGGAAAUUCUCUUACUGACACUGACAAGUUUAUCCGAAACAUGAAGAAAGAGACUCCCUGCGCUAAGGUUUUAGGACAAUCUACACAUGAUAGUGCCUUUCCCCCCCCCCAGGGGGUCUCUCUAAGUAACGCCUGCCGCAAGACAUCUCUCAAUGACAGCGAUGGUGGUAGUAGUACUAGAUGGUGCAGCAGGGGUUUAAUAAACAAAGGAAGUGAAGACAGUGUAGCUCCUGAUCAGAGCUGUGGUAACUAUCCAACAGCUUUUCACAUUAGACCUCCUCAGCAACUGAUCAGGCAUGUGGACCAAGCUCAAGGUGUGUCAGAAACUGUAACCCAAGUGAAAAUGUCAGUCAAUGAGCCUGACUCCACAGAGAAAGAGAAACCAAGAAAAAGUGACUCAGAGAAACCAGAAAAAAAUGAGAAAAAGAGUGUAAGAAAACAACUUAGUGAGACAAUAUUCUGUUUGGUGUCUGUUCCCAUCCCUCUAACUCCGGGUGGUACGCCCCGUGAUCAAAACAACAACGACGACGAGAAGCCACCAAGCCCAGUCCGGCCACCAAGCCCCGUGGACAGUCCGAGUGAGAACAAAACGGGCCACUUAACAAACCAAAGUUUCCAAAGCACAUCUUCAGCAGAGGCUGAGCUGCAAGCACUAACCGGUAGCAUAGCGAGCAGCAGAUCAAGCAGCAAAAUAGUGAGAAAACUCCCUAUUAAACCCCCCAAAAUAAACCAUCACAAGGAGCUCAAACUCUCAGGUGCCUGGCCUGGGAACCAAUACCGGGACCAGGAGACCCAAACGAGCCCAGAAGCCCGAAAGCCUCAGCAUCCCCCUCCUCCAGGCACUGAAAACAAGGAAGCACAAGACCCUCAAGUCCCUGCCCCAGGCUCCUCUGACGUCAUCACCCAAGAUCCCAGUGGUGUGGGCAAUACUGCAUUCAGCUGUCCUAUAAAAGGGGUGAAGAGCCUGAAACCAUCCAGCAACAGCGCCUUUUCCAGGACGGCCACUUUCUCCAUUUCCAGCCAGCUGAACAAGAGCACAGCUCAGCCGCCAGCAGCAGCACCAACACCACCCUCAGGAAACACGACGGAGGAGGCCAAACCAGCAGCAACCUGCAGUGGGCAGGAAGCCUUCGGUCAGUUCCUGCUGAAGCCCGUCAGCAGGCGGCCAUGGGACGCCAUCGAGGAGCUGGAGACUAUCAACAAAGAGUUCCAGGAUCAGCAGCAGAAGCAGCAGCAGAGCAGCAAGAGACCCAGUGUUGACCAGUGCAUUGAGGACCUCAACGAGGCCUACAAAGACAUUCUAGAGCUAGGCACUGCCAGCAAUAACAUUUCCAACAAUAGCGGUGCUGUGCAGAUCCCUGAGCGGAUCAAGAUAAGGCUGGCGGGGGAGGCGGGGCUCAGCAAGCCCAGCAGCCUUAGGCGCAGUAUCGAGAGCUGGUCUGUGUCCGUCGACCCGGAGUACAGGGAGCUUAAGAGCGCCUUCUCCAGACCCGCUGAAAGAAAAUCUGUGACUUUCAGCAAGCAGCUAAGAGAGGAUCUCCCUGUCCCACCACGCAAGCCUACAGGAUUCAGAGAAUACAGGGUUAUUUCGAACUUGUCGCAGAGGAGAAGUAGCUGCAGUGGCAGGACAGUGAAGCUAGACCUCCCUUCGCCUUCGGGGACACCACCACCUUGUCACUUCACCGGCCCUAGUGACUUUACUGACUCUCCUAGUGAUCCCAGCGAGACCAGAGACUUCAGCCCAAUGACUCCAACAACGCACACUGCAGCCGAAGUCCCCUGGGCAGAUAGGCAGCCGAUGCAGGACGCCUCCACACUUACGAGUCCCCCUGACUAUGAGGACAUAUGUCAGUCUUUGCAAAAGACCCGAGACUCAGAGGUUAACAAAACGUUAACCGCCAUAUCCAAACCUGGUGGUGGUAGCUGCGAUACAGAGCCUCUAGGGGGUGCCUGUUCAGACUCUGCAGAGGAAUGCCCCAUUUGUAAAAGAGAGAGCGAGAGCCAGAUGUCCAGACCAAGUCCAAUGUCUCCGCUCCACGAGGAGUCAAGCCCAGACUUAUCCGAUCAAAGUAGCGCGACGAUUGUUGGCGACCGUGACAGUCCACAAGGAGCUGAAACAUCUGAAGAACCAGCUGAAGGCGAAGGAGACACGAAGGUAUCCUCUGACUCUGGCUCAAAUCAUUCAGAGGCUCAGACUAUAUGUUGCGAUUGGAGGAAGCAGCUGUCACUCAUAGAUAAGAAGGUGGAGGCGAGUGUCACUGCUGAGAAGACCAAACAAAACCAAGCUCUGGCAGUGGCAGAGGACAUUGGCAAUCUAUACAAACUUAAAUGUGCUGAGGGCAUUCCAGAGAACAAAUCCAUAGAGGAGAGGGCAGCCAGGAUAUUAAGGAUUGAUGUACCUGCAGAGUCUUUAGUCACAGGGGAGCAGCGGGUUAGCGAGACGGCAACAGAGAGUAAACCCGCUGCUAGUGAAGAUACAGAAAGCAGCAGUGCAAACCAACAGACAGUACAAACACAUGUGAGAGAUCCAGAUUCUGAGGAACUAGACUCUGGAACGGUAUCUACAGUCCCUCCUGACGGGCAGCAGGCAAAAGAAAAGGAGCCACCACAGGAUAACCCAGAGUACAUCAGGAGUGCCAAAUGGACCCAUCUGGGUCGAGAAACUCCAGGUAUGCAGGAGUUUCCGCCAGACAGACUACCGCUUUCGGUCCCCAUCAACCCUGACCUUAAGCUGUCCCACAGUCUGGAGGGAGAGAUGAGGGGCAGAGGAACCUUGCAGCGCCUAGAGGCCCUGCAGGAUAAGCUGGCUGCAUCGCCCAGCCACCGGGUGGCGGUAGAGCGCCGGGCACGGAUGAAGGAAGUGGACUCAGUGUCGCGCAUGAGACGGCUCAGCAUCAGGAGCACAGACUCUGGGGAGGAGGGGGCAGAGACGGAGGGGGAGAGCAAGCGUGGCGGUAGGCAAGUGGAAGUGCUCUCCCUACCUGCUUCCUCCCAGAGGGAUACUGUGGAAGAUAGAGAGGCCUCUGAAGACACAGUGUUGCAAGAUGAGGAGGUGUCAUCCCUCUCAGGCUUUGGAACUGAGGCUCCAGUCAAACUCUGCACGUCAACCCCAUUGCCAACAGAAACUCUAAGCUUUCAGAAGGACUUUUCCUUCAGGGACAAGACCGAGCUGGUCAAGAGUGCCACUGAUAUCGAUGCCAAUCUUCUGCCAGUCCUACCCAAGGUUUCAGAAUUAAAGAAACGUUUUGAAAGCGCUGUCUCGAGCGAUUUAGAAAUGAACAGCAGGAAGGAAAGGAUAGCCAGGCGUCUGGAGGGUAUCGAGAGUGAGGCUCCUCUUGCCCUGAUACCUAGCUGUGCCGGCUUGGUGGCCAACCGCAUGCUGGAGGAGGACCCGCCACGAUACACCCGGGCCUCAGACCCCUGUGAGCCAAUCAUGGUGAAACGUUACAGCAGAGAGCAGGUGGAGGUCCCACAGAUGCCGGUGUCCUCCCCAGACAGACAGUCUAGGACCCGGGGCAGACCGGGGGACCAUCCUGGACCGGCCGCCCACCCCCAUGCAGAGCCUGUCCUAUCCUCUUCCGGUGGCCCAGUGGACCCAGCCAGCCUCAGUUCCAAGGCCGAGCGGAUCGCCCGCUACAAAGCAGAGCGCCGGCGCCAGCUCUCCGAGCGCUACGGCAUCCUCUUGGAUCAGGAGAUAGACAUGGACUACAGUCCUCGCUACUCGUGCUCACGUAGAGAGUCUGACGCCUCGGAUAGAGGGGCCCCAGCGGUCACAGAGCGUAGGAGAGACAGAGAUAGAGAAAGACAGGAGGUGGAGGAAGGAGGAGGAGGAGGGCGGGAGACUUCCCGCAGAACUCCCUACAGCUCUGGAGUGGGCAGGAUCUACAUGCAGGCUCACCCUGCUGAGCCUACUCCUGGCCACGCUCCUGCCCCAGGUCACGGUCCAGCCCCUGCAGGCCCGACCCAUACUCAAGCCCCUCUGACCACCCGGGAGAGGGCCGGCACCUUCUCAGAGCGGGAGAGGAUGAUGAACCUGGAGAACUACCGGCGGGCCCAGGAGAGGACGAUGCCAGGUGGCCUCAGAGGAGCCAGUAACAGGCCCCAUGAUCAUGCCCAGGCCCCCUCCAUCCAGCAGCCCAGCCCUCCUCUAUCCAGGGCCUCCUCCAGAGAAUCCUGCAGCGUGGCGGCCAUCCCCAGCUCCCCUCGUACGGCCCGCCGGGCCUCCCUGCCCUCCACACGCUACGGCAUCUCCCCCGGGGACCUGUUCAUCGAGCAGCAGGCUCAGGCCAUCCUCAGCAGACAGGGAAUCAGAGUAAGAGAGAGAGUAUCGAAAGAUGAGAGCGGAGUCCAAAGGGCCCCUGCAGAACGGGGUCCAGCUCCAGAGCCCCCAGUGAAGAGACACCGUGAUCGUGCUCACACCACCACAGCUCACUACAUGCCCCAACGUGGCCACAGCUCUGACCCUGCCACCUACAAAAGGACUGGCCCCUCCUCUCAGCCCUCCCAACCUGCCUUCGCCCACGUCCCAUACCCCCACGCCCCAGCACCACGCACCCACACAUCAGGCCCUGCCAUGGGCCACCAGCAUACCCAUCAGGGUACCCACCAGGGGACCCACAUGGACCCUCAGCCUUACCUAGCCAUGCCAGCCCCUGUGGCCACCAAGCUCCCUGGAGCCCCUGUGGUGGAGGUGGAUACUCCAAGGAGGAGGGUGAGCACUGACCACAUCUACACGACCCAGAAGGAGACCCACAGGGAGGGCAGGCAGGCACUGAGAGAGGAGGUCCACACCGAGGGGCUGCUGAAGAGCCGGAAGGCCGUGCUGCCCUCAGAGAUCCGCCGCAGGGAGAAGAGUGUGGACAACCCCCAGAGAGGGGAGCCCCACCUGGGGCCAGUCAGCCGCCAGGACGACUCCACCACCUCAACCGCCAUGGAGUAUGAGAGCUAUAGCUCCGGGGGGAGGAGAACGAGUCGGGCGGACUCGGAGGAGUGGGAGACUAGGCCCAGGGAGCAGCAGGAGCACUGGUCCAGCCACACCCAGGACACAAAGGAGACAGGUCCAGCCAGUUGCAUGGAGACCUCCCACUCCCAGCCCAGCCAGCAGCAACAGGCUCCUGAGCCUCUCCACCAGCACCAGCAACUCCAGCGGCAUCCGCAGCCCCAGAGUCAGCAGGACCUCCAGGGUCAACACGGCCUUCAGGACCAGCAGCAGGGUGACUCGGCCGUCUACCUCCAGAGGGGUGCCUACCUCCCUCAGGCCAGACACAGGAGCAUGGAGCCAGCCGGGCAGGCUGGGCCCCCCAAGCUCAAGGUCCGCACACGCUCCAUGUCCGACAUCGGCGUAAGUCAGCGCUCGGCUGCCUAUAGGAGCAUGGAGAGGGCAGCCGCCAGCAGAGAGGCUACCAUGGCAGCCCACCUGGCCAGGGAGGGAGGGGUGGCAGUGGGGGUACUGCCCAAUGGGGAGGUGGGGACCUUGGAUACCAGGGUCUCUGUGGCCCAGCUCCGACACUCAUAUCUGGAGAACGCCAACAGGAAGCCGGAGCUGGAGACAACUAAAGUAGAGCUUACUGCCAUGGAAGUAGAUCCGGCUGCUGGGAGCGCUGAUCGGGAGCGUGGCACAGCGCGGAGGCCGCGGCGCUACAUCACCCCUGGAGACAUCCGCAAGUCCUCUGAGAGAUUUAGGACGCAACCCAUAACCACCGCAGAGCGGCUAGAGUCUGAUAGGUCUCGUCUGAGUCCAACCGAGCUACAGAACCCAGAAGCUGACGAAGAGAAGCUUGAUGAGAGAGCUAAGAUGAGUGUGGCUGCUAAGAGGUCACUAUUUAGGGAGCUGGAGAAAACCACAGAUAGCGUCCCCAAACCGCGGUCCCGUAACCCUGCCGUGGAGAGGCGCCUGAGACGAGUCCAGGACCGUGCGCGCACCCAGCCUAUCACCAAUGAGGAAGUGGACAUCGCUCACACUGUUUCUGCUCUGUCCUCACAAUCGGUGACGGUCCACACCACAGUAGCACGUAUCCCCAGCCCCACUGUAGUCAGCACCACCGUGACCAGUUACAGCCUGCAGGAGGCAUCGCAGCACGGCUCUAUGGUGCGGAGCAGUGGAGAGCAGGACGGGGAGAAAGAAAGGGAGAGGGAGGCCCAGCCUAAAGGAGAUGGAGCAGGGCCUGGGCCUGGCCCUGAGGAGAUAAUGGAGGACCUGGGUCCAGAUGAGCCCGACCUUUCAACUCUCAGCCUUGCAGAGAAGAUGGCCCUGUUCAACCAGCUGUCUCAGCAGCCCUCAAAGCCUGCUGCAGAGGGGGCCGGGGCCUCCAGGGGCGACACCCGACAGCGCCGAGCCAACAGCCGCUUCCAGACCCAACCUAUUACCCAGGGAGAGGUGGAUCAGGAGAUAGAUCCUAUGGUUACCGCUCUUCCUCCUCCACCUCCUCCUCCGUUGACCAAGAGAGAACAACUGCAGAACAGAGGGGGAGGGGUCAAGCUGGAGCCGCUGUCUGCCUCUCUGGUCCGCUCCGUGGCAGCCGUCACCUCCCAGGUCUCGGUCGCCACGGUAACCGCGGCGACUUCCAGCGGCAGCGACGUCCACCUCGGGAAAUCUACGGCCGUUCACUACAACCCCCCCACCACCACCACCCCCACCACCACCACCACCACCACCCAGGAGAGGGGAGGGGUGAGGUACUUCAGCCUGACCAAGUGCGGUGACUCCUCCAGUUUCCCUGAACCAGAUCUGUACUCCCCUGGCCCUCCCCUUUCAGAGCAGCAACCACAGCAGCAGGCUCACAGUAGAGGAGCCGGAGAGAGAGGAGGAGACAGUGGCGUCGCUCCUGGAGCCAGUCGCUCCUCCACUGGCCACAGAGAGAGAGAGGAGGAGGAGGAUGUGUGGGGGGGAGGAGGAGGGGCCAGCCGAGAGGAGAGGGAGAGCUGUGGUAGUAGUGGUGCUGGAGGCAGCAGCAGUAAGGGAAGGCGCCACUCCCCCGACAGCAGACAGCAGCGCUAUCAGCCCCCAGCCCCAGAGCCCCAGUCCCAGCCGCGGCACGGCAACAGUAGCCAGCGGGAGUCCGUCGAGCUUCCCUCUUCGAGGCACGGGAGGGGUGAGUUGCUGGUGGAGCCCAGGCAGCACAGAGACAGAGAGAGAGACAGAGAUAAAUACGGCAGUAGCAGCAGCAUCACCCUGGAGAGGGAAGAGCACGGGAGCUACCUGGGAGAGACACACAGCUCAGAGAGACACACAGAGCUGCAGCACACAGCAGACAGAGCGAGCACACGGAGCAGCAGGAGCAGGGAACUCCUCUCAGACACCGAGCACACCAGUGUGUCAUUGAGAACUGUGACAACAGCGUCAGCGUCCAGGAGUGUGUCUCACACCUCCAGUAACCAGCAGAAACAGCAGCAGAUCCAGUCUUUCAGCCAGUCUCCCCCACAAACUGAGCCCCAGCCCUACUCCAAACCUCACCGGCACUUCACCCAGGAACCGCCAGCCCAAUCCCAGCCCAAGCCCCAGGAAAGGGAGAGGAGCGUCACCCAGCCACUUCCCAAGUCUUACUCUCAGCUAAUCCCACACACUCAACCCAGUCCCCAGUCCUUAUCCCAGCCUCCUCCUCCCCAGACCGCCCCCCAGACUCUGCCCAAGCCCGCGUCCUUCCCUCAGCCGCCGGGCAAGUCUCAGUCCCUGCCUCUGGACUACAGUGACGACAUCACAGGACACAGUGUCUCCGACCUCCUCUCUCCCGGCGAAACAGAACUCUCAGAGAUGUCCUCCAAACAGAUGUCCAUCAAAGAAAGGCUGGCCCUGCUGAAGAAGAGUGGUGAAGAGGACUGGAGGAACAGGAUCAAUAAGAAGCAGGAAGUGGUGAAGGUGGCUGUGACUGAGAGACACUCCACAGUACAAGGACAGGGAUGGGAGGCAGAGCAGACCUACAAGAAGAAGGAGGAAGUGAUGGUCAUUGAUGAGUUCGCUGCUGUCACUGUGUCUGACCAGCUGUGGGAGCCUGUCUUUUCCUCCACAUAUUUUCCUCCAAUCUCCCUUGGCCAUAAGUGCCAAGUUAUUGACCUUCAUAGUCAGAGGAUGGGAGAGGAGAUGGAGAACCAGGCUCAGAUGUCCAUAGAGGAGAGGAAGCAGAUGAUCUCAACACGGGAGGAGUCCUGGGUGUCUAAAGGCAAGGGGGUGGCCAACGACUCCACCCAGUACACUGUGGCUGCACGCAUGGUCAAGAAAGGUCUGGCAGCCUCCUCCUCAGCCAUCAGCCCCAUCCUGUCUCCUGUCUCCACCAAACUCAAGAGCAACGUGCCUGUCAUCAAACCGCAGGAGGAAAUCGAAGCCAGACCAGAGAUGAACUUGGAGUCAGAUGAAAAGCUGGAUAAAUUGGAGACAUUUUUGGGACGUCUGAACAGUAAAGUGGCAGCUCUUCAGGAGACCACUCUGACCGUGACAGAGAAGGCUGUGAAGGAGGUGAUGAGGAUGGACGAUGAGAUCUUCUCCAAGUUCUACCGUCACGUGGCUGACUUCCCACGCAUGCCCAGCAGGAUCGAGAUCGACGAGGACUUUGAUGCCAUCUUCGGCACUCAGGCGCCCAAGUUGACCUCAGCCAUAGCGCAGCACAAACGAGCAAUGAGACCAUCGAGGAACGUCCGGGCGUCUAAGAACCCUCUGAAGAUGCUGGCGGCCAGGGAGGACAUCAGACACGAGUACACUGAGCAGAGGCUCAACAUCGGCCUCAUAGAGAGCAAGAGGAUCACGGAUGAGAAGAUGAGUAAGACUUCGGAGUACUCGGACGCGGCCCUGGCUGGACUGGCCAGUAAGGAGAACUUCAGUAACGUGAGUCUGAGGAGCGUCAACAUCUCCGAGCAGAUGUCCAACAACAGCGCCGUGCCGUACAAGAACGUCAUGCUGAUGCAGGUCAAAGGCCGCCGUCACGUCCAGACCAGACUAGUGGAGCCCAGAGCCUCGGCCCUGAACAGUGGCGACUGCUUCCUCCUGGUUACUCCUCAACACUGCUUUGUUUGGAUGGGAGAGUUCUCUAAUGUCAUCGAGAAAGCCAAAGCUUCUGAGCUGGCAUUGUUCAUCCAGACUAAGAAGGAUCUGGGCUGCAGAGCGAGCCAGAUCCAGACCAUCGAGGAGGGGGUCGACCCCCAGAGCCCUGCGGCCACAGAGUUCUGGAAGAUCCUGAGAGGAGAGCAGACCUACCAGUCGGCGGGGCCACCAGAGGAGGAUGAGCUGUUUGAGAGUGCCAUAGUGGAGACUAACUGUAUUUUCCGUCUGCUGGAUGACAAGCUGGUUCCUGAUGAUGACCAGUGGGGGAAGGUUCCUCACAGCACACUACUGGAGUCCAAAGAGGUGUUGGUGUUUGACUUUGGCAGUGAGGUGUAUGUGUGGCAUGGUAAGGAGGUGACUCUGGCCCAGAGGAAAGUAGCCUUCCAGCUGGCUAAACACCUGUGGAAUGGAACCUUUGACUACACCUGCUGCGAUAUCAACCCUCUGGACCCUGGAGGAUGCAAUACACUCAUACCCAGGAAGGGCCAGGGCCGUCCUGACUGGGCCAUAUUCGGCAGGCUGACAGAGCACAAUGAGACUACCCUGUUCAAAGAGAAGUUCCUGGACUGGGCAGACACUAAGAAACCCCAAUCAAAGAACACCAAUGAGCAAGUGAGUGAGCACAAGGAGAUGCCGGGGCGGGAGUGCAGGCCGUACGAUGCAGCAUUGAUGCUGCCUGUACUCCAGACAGCAGUCAGCACGGUGCUGGACGGGAUGAACGUGGGCCGAGGCCACGGCUCUAUAGAAGGAGAGGACAGGAUGAGGACUCUAGAGAUCACCACGGUGUCGGUGGAUGUCUGGCACAUCCUGGAGUUUGACUACAGCCGGCUACCCAAGCAGAGUAUAGGCCAGUUCCACGAGGGAGACGCGUACGUUGUGAAGUGGAAGUACAUGGUGAGCGCAGCAGUUGGGAGGAGGCAGAACCCGGAGUUGAGGAGUGCGGGCCCUGGCAAAGAAAAGUGCUGCUACUUCUUCUGGCAGGGACGGCACUCCACCGUGAGCGAGAAAGGAACGUCAGCACUGAUGACAGUGGAGCUGGAUGAGGAGAGAGGGGCACAGGUCCAGGUACAGCAGGGGAAGGAGCUCCCUUGUUUCCUCCAGUGUUUCAACGGGGGGAUGAUCAUACACUGUGGGAAGAGAGAGGAGGAAGAGGAGAACACACAGACUGAGUGGCGUCUGUACUGCGUGCGAGGGGACGUCCCGGUCGAGGGCCACCUCCUGGAGGUCGUGUGUCACUGCAGCAGCCUGCGCUCCAGGAGCUCCAUGAUCCUCCUGAAUGUGAACAAGGCCCUCAUUUACCUGUGGCACGGCUGCAAGGCCCAGCAACGCACACGCCUGGUGGGCCUCACCGCCGCGCAGAGGAUCAAAGAACAAUGUCCGUUGGAGGCGGGGCUUCACAGCAGCAGUAAGGUGACCAUCACCGAGUGUGACGAGGGAUCAGAGCCCACUGGAUUCUGGGAUGCGGUCGGUAGGAAAGACAGGAAGGCCUACGACUGUAUGCUGCAAGAUCCGGGCAAAUUUAACUUCACCCCUCGGCUGUUCCAGCUGAGCAGUUCUUCUGGGGAGUUUGUAGCCGCAGAGUUCUACCACCCCUCCAGAGUUCCAGACCUGGUCAGCUCUCUGCCCUUCCUUCAGGAGGAUCUGUACCAGGCCUCCCAGCCGGCUCUGUUCCUGGUGGAUAACUUCCACGAGGUGUACCUGUGGCAGGGCUGGUGGCCCCAGGACAGCGAGAGCCCCGGCUCCGCCAGGAUACGAUGGGACAUGGACAGGAAGUGCGCCAUGGAAACGGUGCUGCGGUACUGCAAAGAGAAGAAUGAGAAGAAGCCUCAGAAGUCGUAUCUGAUCCAUGCUGGUCUGGAGCCUCUCACCUUUACCAACAUGUUUCCCAGCUGGGAGCACAGAGAGGACAUCGCAGAGAUCACUGAGAGGGAGGCGGAGGUGUGUAACCAAAUCAUCUUGGUGGAGGAUGUGCUGGCCAGGCUGUGCCAGAACACCUAUCCCCUGGCUGAGCUGCUGGCACGUCCCCUACCUGGGGGCGUCGACCCCCUCCGCCUGGAGAUCUACCUAUCAGACCAGGACUUUGAAGCUGGGUUCUAGGGGAUUCAGAAAGCAUUGGACAUGAAGAGAGAGGAGUACGAAGGAUUACCAGGGUGGAAGCAAGUGAACUUAAAGAAAGCGAAAGGACUGUUUUAG